UCGAGAUAGCUAUGGUAAGAUUUUCACCACAUUUUAUGCGCAAUCUAACAAGUAGAUAUUUCAGGUUUCUAAAGAAAAUAUCAUUUUUUCAUUCCUUCCGUUGAUUUUGUUGGGUAACUGUGUCCGUACAGCGUGGCAUCCAUUCAUUGCUUCACCAUGGCAAAGACGUUAUUCGACAUUCUCCAAGGCAGAACGAAUGGAAGCGCUGAAUGAGGCCCGAGAAAUGUUUUAUUUUGGAUAUGAAAACUAUAUGAGUCAUGCUUUUCCUGCCGAUGAGCUGGACCCUAUUCAUUGUCGAGGAAGAGGACACGAUUAUGGCAAUCCAUCCAAUAUUAAUAUCAACGACGUACUAGGUGAUUACUCCUUGACAUUGAUCGACUCACUCGAUACUCUCGUCGUCCUAGGUAGUUGUCAUUUUCGUUUGCAUUCCAUUUUUGUUUCCGCAGAUUGA